CAGAUCGUCCUGAACAAUAACAUGCCCUGAAGCUGAUCUCGGGUAACCCACCUACCCCCCGGAUCUGGUCGUGCCGCGUCUGUACCGGUGAAAGUCUGCGUGCGCUCCGUGUUGUCUCCUCGGUACAGUGUGCAGUGGCGGGUCGGUCCGGUCAGGGUCAAUGUCAACUACUACAGGUCAGGGUAUAAAUACCCGCCCCCGGUCCGGUGAGGCCGGAUACUGGACCUGACUGAGGUCGGGAGAGCCACGCAGAGACUCAGGGACGUCACGAUGACCAGGCUGCUCACGCUCGCCGUGCUGCUGUGCCUGUCGGCACUGUCAGCUGCUGACGACAAGUCCGGAGAACAGACUGGAGACCUGGCUACCUCCGCUUCCUCCUACGGAAAGCCGACAUACGUAGGAAUCGGCCACGUUUCCACCCAUGCCCACGGUACCGGGUAUGGGGGAUACGGCCAUAGCGGAUACGGACACGGUGGAUACGGUGGAUACAGCGGAUACGGUGGAUACAGCGGAUACGGUGGAUACGGUGGUCAUGGAGGCUACGGCGCCUACGUGGAGCCGGCGUACGGCCACGUCUGGGGCCGCAGCUACGGAUACACCGUGCCCAUUUACGGAUACGGAUACGGCGGAGGAUACGGCGGAGGAUACGGCGGAUACGCCGGCGGGUAUGGCUACGGCCGGUAUGGCCACUGAAGCUGUCAUCAGGUCAGAGAUGGUGUUAGGCGGAGGUGGACCAAAUAUACGUCCCUGUGUCAACCUCUGCCAAUGACGCAGCUCUACUCCAAUGACGUCAUUUUUGCUCUCCGAUAACGGGAGCUGGGAUAGCUGAGUUAGAAACUCAUCCAGGAAAGGACGCACUGUUUUUUGCUGUGUUCACCGUCCUGUGUUUAUUGUUGUGCUUUUGAUGUUAGCGAUCUAUUUAGCCGUCGUAAAAUGAUCCGCUACUGUCGAUGAAUAGCGGUCUUGUAACUGUGAUUUUCUGAUCAUGAACGCCAGGAACAAUUUCAUGAUCGUGUGGUGACAUGUGAGAUAGUCGGUAUUUGGAAACUAUGUGAGUAACUGCGGCCAGAUCUGAUCUGCCACUUUUUGUGCAUGGAUUCUUAUAACCAGACGGUGCUUUGUAGUUGUAUUGUAAUAGUUCGCUACGCCUCUGCUGCUAUUUCUUGCCACGUUACAAAUGUCUUUCUAAUAUAAUGUUUAAAGUUGAAUA